CAUCAAACGAGCCCAAGUCCGCCGUUCCGUUUUAAACUGAGCCUAGGUACUAUCGAACAACCACAGACUUAAGCGAAGCAAUGUCUAUGAUCUGGGUUGACGGUAACGAGGAUGGAGACGAAGUGAUGCAGAGCGUGGGCUUCUAUGAACACACAGAAGCGCCACUUGUAUUUCCAUCCUUCAAUUUCUUGCACGCGGAUCAAGAUGUAGAAAUUCCCUGCAUGAUUUGCGGCGUCAGCUUCCACAUCAGUCGUCACCGAACAGCUGGGGAACCCCCCUCUGCAGCAUGGUGCAGUCCUGCAAGUGAUGGCGUAGGAGUAUAUCCCGGAAGCCAAAACUGCGUCCAACCAGGCUGCAAUUCCGUCCCGAGAGACGGCCCAGGACCAGGGACGAGUUUCAUCUCCAUCAGAAAUCUCGAUUCUAGCCGUUCUGAACACAUCUCCGGACCUAACUGCAGAUCAAUAAGUGCGUACCACGGAAGCCGCAUCUCAGUCGAGGCAAUGAGAGAGUGCAACACAUACCAAUGCCUCUUACCCCGCGACGAGUCAUGGGAGCCACAGGAGAGCGAACUUGAAGAUUUUGAGAAACAGAGCCGUUAUGUACUCAGCGGUUUAAGCGGUGCCAUGGAAUUUAAUGGCAGGGGAUAUGCACAAGUCUUCCCAGCACGCAAUGACGUCCAUUACCCAGCGACAGACUAUAAUCACAUUGAUGGUGGGCUUACGGGAAUGCCAUUUCAUCCGACGUGCUUUGAGGCGUUCAAGCGAGCGUCGAUAUAUCGAUAUGGCUUUGUGAAUAUCAAGGCUCUAGUGAGUUGGGGACAGAUAAUAACGGCGCCAACAUUGCGGCUACCAGAACAUGCUGCUGUGAAGAGGGCCAGGCAAAUGCACUGGAUGCAUCACGCUGGGGACGAGUUUCUGGCCGCGAAUCCGUGCUUGAUCCCGGGGUUGCAGGAUAUUCUCGAUUCAGUACAGAAUGUUUGCAAUCCUGAUGACAUUUGCUCAGAUGCGGCUUCGCCAUCGUCGAACUCUACGGACCUGUUCUCCAAGUUUCCGCAAGAGAUCAAGCUCGAGAUUCUACUGCAGCUAGAUUCAUGGGACAUCGCCAACCUGCGACUAUCAUCACGAACAUUCCGCCAUCUCCCGCAAUCGCUCUUCUACCACCUAACCCUGCGCGAACUCCCCUGGCUCUACGAAGCAUGGACGUCCCUCCCGCUCUCAUUCUUCGUCACAACAACAGCAGCCGAGCAGCAAAGAGUCGGCCAGGGGCUGGCCGAAAUCAACGAGGAAAUCUUGGCUCGUCGUGAAGACGACAAUGGAUCUGAAGAGGAUGCAGCAGAGAUUAAAAGGUUGGUCAGUUUAGCAGCUAAGCUUGAAGAGAGGCAGAAGCAGGGAUACACUGCUACGCCUGUGAGGAUGUUGGACCGCAAAAAUACCAAUUGGACGCAAUUGCGGGGGGAGUUGACCCGACGGUGGGGAGAACUGCCGGGGCUGAGGAACAGAAGGAGAAUUUGGAAUAAUUGCCAGGAAAUCAUGGGCCGUGCAGAAAUAAUUCCCUACUGACGAUACGGAUGGAGAUAAACGUGGCCUUGAUGAGUGAUGGAUCGAUUGAUUGCCGAUUGAACUCACCAGCUUAUCGCGUUAAUUACCAAAGCGUCACUCAAUAAACAAGUUUGCUCACUCAAG